UCUCCGUUGGGCAUCUCUGUGUGGAGUUUGCAUGUUCUCCCCGUGCGUGGGUUUCCUCCCACAUUCCAAAAACAUGCAUGUUAGGUUAAUUGGCGACUCCACAAGCGACGUCCGUAAAUACUGUAUGAAUUUGAAUGUGAAUGGUUGUUUGUCUAUAUGUGCCCUGCGAUUGGCUGGCGACCAGUACCCCGCCUCUCACCCGAAGUCAGCUGGGAUAGGCUCCAGCAUACCCCCGUGACCCUCGUGAGGAUAAGCGGCAAAGAAGAUGGAAAUGUGCCUUGUUGUUAUGCAUUCAAUAUACUAAGCAUUCAAAUAAUACACAUAGUUAUGCUUUAUACAUGUGCAUGGUUACAGACAGUGAAUAGGGGGACCAUGGCACUGACAAAGUGCCUGUGUGUCGCUCAAUGUUUGCACAGUGGUAGUCUUCCUCAAUUUUCGCUAUUAAUUUGUGCCAAAGGGUCCAACAAAAACUGAAAUGCACGAAAAAUGAGACAAUUUUUCCCGUACAAAAUAAUGUAAAGCCAAUUAAUCAGUUCCAGACACCCAAAAAUAUGAACAAAAAAUGUAUUUUCAUAGAGCGUAAUUAUAGCUUUACGUGCAGAAUACAAUGGGAAAUAAUUACAAAUGAUCCUGGCGAGAUCACAUUCAAUAGUCUAUCUAUCACCUUCCUUAUCAAAUUGCUGACACUCUCCGUGGCCCCAUGGCAGGUUAUUUUGCAUUAUUUCACGUAACGAUUAAGCACAGGGAAAACUGGUUUGUUAUGUGUUAUGUGUUUGUUAUUUCUCACAUGAAAACAGGGCCAUUUGAAACCAGAGGUUUGAGUGUAUUUACUGACAAUAUGAUACAUUGGAUUCAUGUUCAUGUGUAUUCCCAAAACAAUUGUCUAAUAAAUCCAAAAUUUCAUGAAUUUUGGAAGACCUCCGGUUUAGUUUAGUUCCAUAGCAAAUUUGCAUUGUCUCGUGACUUACAUAAGAAGAGUUGCAAUUUGAACACCAUCUACACGUUCCUUCUAUUACUUAACUUCAAAGGCCAAAACCGGGUUACAUAAUAAUAUGUUUACCCUGUGGAAAUAAAGGCUGCGUGCUUCCCCGUAGGUUUAAGAUUGCACGCAUAAGAUCUUUUUUUUUUAACAAAGGCAGGUUAUUCAUCAUAGAAAUCAUUCAUGCUGACGGAAGGGCAAGCACUUGUUAGUUUUGAGAUUGUAGACAAAGGCUUAACUGACAAAGUUAAAUCAGGUGUUUACUGUACAAACAAGGCGGACGCAAAGGAUAUAAGUCGAAGAGAGCGGUAAGGAAAGAAUCACACAGGAUGGCAUCGGCAAGAAUGACUCUGCUCUUCGUGGGCCUUCUGCUGUUCUCCAUUCAGGUGGCGCUCACAAAUGAAGGUCUGACGUCUCGUCCCAUCAGGCUGUCUGUGGUGAACGACUUGUCCAACUUGACUCCUGAGACCCAUUUCACCUCAGUGGUGCAGGGAGGGGUGCUGCUGGGUGCUCUGAGGAAAAUCCAGGAGACACAGCAUGACUUCAAGUUCACAGUGAAGGAGGACCCGAACUUUGGCUUGUUUCUGGAGAGCGUGAACGGUGUGGCUGGAAAUGACAACGAUCAAACUUACUGGGAGAUUCUGUCAGAAGACUCCGGGGAGUACACGCGCUUGGAUGUGGGAAUUGGUUGCUACACCCCAGCAGAAAAUGAACACAUUGUGCUGAGGUUCAGUACUUGGUCCAAAUAGACUUGAGAGCCUUUCAGAAAAAAGUAGAAGUAGUCACAUGACUGUUGUGGUUUCCUUUUUUCUUUAAUGGCUGAUGUUUUAGGAAAGUUUAAAUAUUUUGAGUAGGAGUUAGAGAAGAGAAACAGCAACCUCUGGUGGGUAACACUGAUAAUACAUGACCAUUAGGUACAGGCCGUGUGCAUUUUACAAGACAGAUUGGAAAAUAUGAAAGCACUUAGCAUGUAUUUACUUACUUACUGUAUUUUGUUGAGACCGAUACAGCAACAGUCAUACUAUAUACAACAUUUAUAAAUACAAGCUGAAAAUACAAAUACAAAAAAUGAACAAUCAACAAUCUACAACGUUGUUUCUGUGUUAAAUGUAGGGCUGUCAAAUGAUACAUUUUUUUAUAAUUAAUCACGCUUUUCAAAUGAAUUAAUCAUGAUUAAUCACCAUGUCUCACUGUUAUAUAUUACUAUAAUAUAUUAUAUAUUACCUUAUCAUUUCCCUAUAUAUUUUAAACUAGCAAAGAGUACAUUUGGAAUACAGGCAGUAAAGUAGUGCAAAUGAUGUGAAAUGGAUGGAGGGGUAGGAUUAAAUACGUUUUGAUUCUUCUUACUCCUUUUUGGACAUGUAGAACAGUGAAUUGUACUAUGUGAUGUGUUUCAAUGUAACUAUGCAUGUUCAAAAUAAAUUAAACCAUUACCAUUACCAUGUCUGAAAUCUGCCCAUUUUUACUGUAUUUUAUUGAAAGAAACAUAAAUGGCAGUGCAGGAUUAUAUAUAGUAUGUUUCUAUGU